UAGCCGGUUGAAAGGUUCCAGCAGGUUCAGCCAGCUCUAAAUAUCAAACAUGAGACAUGACUAAACAUUAUUUAGAGUCGGAGUAAACGCAAGUUAGCUGCUGUUAUCAUGAGUUGUGUCCCGCAGAAGAGAGUUUAUAAGGAGCUGCCGGUGUGUAUAGUGGAGGACCACCACGAUGUGGUGUGUCACAUCUAUCGGGCCAUUGCAUCAAGACAUCUCCCAAUGAAGAACAUCAAGAUGGUUCAUCUAGACUCUCAUCCUGAUCUCCUCAUCCCUGUCAACAUGUGUGCUGACACCGUGUUUGAUAAAGACAAACUAUUCAGUGAGCUGAGUAUAGAAAACUGGAUCAUGCCCAUGGUGUACGCUGGUCACAUGUCCUGUGUGGCCUGGCUGCAUCCAUACUGGGCUCAGCAGAUCAAAGAGGGGGAGCACAGGAUGAGUGUAGGUAGAGACUCAUCCACCACCACCAUCAGAGUGACCAGUAAAGACCACUACUUCCUCAGUGAUGGUCUGUACGUUCCUGAGAGGCAGCUGGAGAACAGUAAAGCCCUCCGCCUGGACGUGGUUAAAGUCGAUCCUGUUAAACCCAGUCAGCAGUCAUUCACAGGACAGAAAACGGAGGAAGAUACAAAGAGACGGUUCACUAAGAGAGCCAGAUCAGACUGUUCAGAAGGAGGAGAGACCAGCAGCUCCACAACGCUCCUAACAACCAGUGACACCCUGCAACCAGCAGAGGGCAGCAACACCUGCAACACAGCCAGAGAGGAAGAGCAGAGCAGGAAUGGCACAGGCCUGACAGAGAACACUGAGGAUGAGGAUGAGGAAGGAUCCACCAGUUAUGUUGUGAAGAGGAUAUCUUCAUUUCUAAGUGAGACUGAGCCGUACGUGUUGGACAUUGAUCUGGAUUUCUUCACCUGUAAGAAUCCAUUCAAGGAAUUAUACACUCAGGAAGAAUACAGCAUCCUGCAGGAGCUCUACAGCUUCAGAGGACCCAGACCUGAUGCUGAUGAGGAGGAGAUUGAUGAGUGUGUGGAUCGCCGCAUACGUCAGUUAGAGGAUUUGGAAGCUGCCUUUGCUGAUCUGCUGGAGGACGAUGGAGAAGAGAGCAUCACACGCUGGGCCAACAACCCUGGCAUGGCUUCAUUAACCCAACUGGUUUCCAGUCUGAAGAUGAGAAAUGCAUCCCCAGAUUAUGAAAUGGUCCAUCAGGCAGGUUUAACCUGUGACACUGUAGAGCUGCCUCACCAUAUCAGCCCUGAUGAGGAGAUCGACAGACUCAUCACAGCUGUACAGCUGUUUCUGAAGCGUCUGCCCAAACCUACACUGGUGACUAUGUCCAGGUCCAGUCUGGAUGAAUACUGUCCAGCAGAGCAGGUGGAUUCAGUACAGAACAGAGUACUGGCUGUGCUGGAGAGCCUGUACGGACCAUUGGAUAUACAAAAGGACUAUGAAAGCACCAGCACAGAGACUCAGAACUGUCAACCACAGGCUUCUUGACACAUCCACACACUUUCUCACAAGUUUGAUAAAGAAAAAUAUACACACCUUAAAAACCAACAG